CUUGAAAGGCGCGCGAUUUACAAGUCGCAUCAAAACGAUCAAAUUCUGAUAAAUGCAGACAGUGGAUUAUCGCUUAUCAGUCGGAAAUAAACCAGUCCAUGAGGAAAGAUGAGUACAUUGCUGCAGUCAAUACAGACGUGGUUGGGAACAACCUACGAUGUAGUAGUUCCAGUUGACUGGCUUUCGGCAUGCGUAGAGUGGAUUCAACAGGAGAGUCAGGGUCAGCUAAAAACUGCACAGCAGAUCCAGAUGUUGGUUUUGGAACAAUGGCUGGCAGCAGACCUUAGAGAACUUGAGGAUGGGUCACUACCUCCGGAUGUUGCAACUCAGACCAUGGCAUAUCUCACAGGCACAUUUUGUGUGCAGGUGAACAGCAUGCUUGAUAUAGGCUUGCCUCUCUUUGGACAGCUCCAAAAGGUCAAGGGUACAGUCAAUGCCAACAGUGAAAUAUCAGCAGACAAGCCACAUCAGCCAGCUUGGGAACCAAAGCCUUCACGCAUGAUGCUUUUAAGUAUGACAGAUGGCCGAACAGAAGUGAAAGGGAUGGAAUACAAACCAAUUUCUUCUUUAACCUCAGACCUCAAGCCUGGGUUCAAGAUGGUAGUGUAUGGUCCUGUGAUGAGUCGACAUGGAAUAUUGAUGCUGACACCAGAAAAUGUACGCGUUCUAGGUGGUGAAGUGGAAAACUUGACACUGACAAACAUACCUUCUGCUGUUCUUCAAGAAGCCAUGGAUAGAAAUGCACAGGAUAAUGGAAAACAUGAGAAAAAAGAGUUUUCCGGUCGGUUUAUUAGCCGUGCAGAGAAAAAGAUGCACCCUUCUGUGAAGAUGGGUUUUCUUGACAAUCAACAACAGACAUCAACUAGGCAAGGAGGACAAGAGGAUAAAAGAACUUGGAACAGGGCAAAAAAAAUUGAGACACCUUCUUUUGUUAAAAAAGAACCUAUCCACAGAGAAAUCAUGAAAGAUGAGUGGAAUGAUGCCUUGGAUGAUAAGGACAUAUGGGAUGACAUAGAAGACCUUGCAGUUGAUGAGAUGGAGUUGAAUUCCCAGUCAGCCAGAACUGUGACCAAUAACCUUCCUAUUCAGACUUCCUCAAGUUUUCAGAAAAAAGGCUUGCAACUUUCAACGAAACCAAUUUGUGAUUCAACACCAGGCUUGUCAUUUGUGUCAAAUAUCUCAAACACAUUGAACCAGAAAUCCUCAAAUGUACAUAUGUCUGACAUAAAACGUUUUGGGAAACAACUAUCUAAAGAUGUACCAAAAUAUUCAGGCAAUAAAAAGGAUUCAAUUUCUUCACAGAUUAGUGCAUGGGUUGAUGAUUUCGAAGAUGAAUUUGAUGGAGGGAGCAUAGAGAAACAAAAGGAAAGUGUGCCACAGUUUGAAGUUACUCCAAGGACUUCAUGUGCAAAGAAGGAGUCAAUUUCAGCACAGAUUAGUUCAUGGAUUGAAGACUUUGAUGAUGAUUUUGAUGUGGGUGAGGAUUCAGAAGUAUUUUGUAGGCAGAUUUCAUGCACAGGAACGGCAGGAAAAUCAAAUGAAAUGAUUCUGAGCACUAAAGGUCCUAGACACAUUUUCAGAGAGAUACCUGCAUGCACUGGUGAUGGUCACAAUUUUGAAAAAAAUCAGAGGAAUAAUACAAUGAGAAAUGGCUGUGGUGUUUCACCCACAAAUACUAAAAUUCAGCAGCAAAAGUCUUCAACAAAUGAUCUAGAACUAACUUUUGCAGAAGAAACUAAAGGAAAACUAUUAUCACAACCUGGUGUUAGAAAUGAAGUGGAAAGCAGUUUGUGGAAAACAGCUGAUAGGUCAUCCCAGGCUGAAAGGCGAAAACUGACAAGAACACAAGUUUUAACACAGUCUCAAGAAACAUGCCUCACAGAGAAACCUCCAGCUAGCAAACAGUCAAAACUCACAAGCAUGCUGACUAUAGUUCCCAAGGGAAGGAAUUCUCGAGAAGAUAAUCUGCUUAAGCAAAAAUCUACUGAUCUUGUUCCAGUAUCUGUUGCCAUUAUUCCUUGUGAUGUAAAUGAUUCUUUGUUGAUGAACAAUCCAAGUAAUUCAAGUGAAGAGAAGUACAACAGUAAAAACAAUUCUAGUGAUGAUAAAACUGUGUUUAAAAUGAGUUCCUUGCCCAUGAAUAAACAAGCCUCUGGCUACAAAGAGGAAGAAAACAGCAUUGUCAGAGCUCCAGUAACACUUGGAGAUGGACACACCGAUCAGAUAUCAAUUUCUGCAUCAGGAAUAUAUAAUUCUGAGAAGAAGUGUCAAGACACAAUCUUUGACUGUAACACGAAGUCAGAAGUUUUUAGCAAAACUGUAGUACCCAAGGCAGCAAUUCAACCAUUUGAUACAGAUGACAUAAAGAUUGUUGAGUGGAGCAGUACACCCUGCCAAACCCUGAUUGAGGUGAAAGACUGGUUAGACAAAAACCCCAAAGAGACCACACUAUUUACUGUAAAGGGUCACAUCGCCACACUGACCAGUAACCGAUUAUGCAGUGGUGAAGGAAAGGCUUGGAGCCUGACUUGCCGUAUCACAGAUGGGGCUUCUACACUAGAGGUCGCUCUUGCAGACCAUGUGCUGAGAAAUCUUAUUGGAUUUUCUGCCAAAGAAAGCCUUAGCCUGCGACAAAUGGUCAAGAAAGACCCCCAAGUAAAGAAGAAGCUUGCUCAGGGACUACAGGCAUGCCAGACAGCACUGAUAAACUUCUAUGGACUUAUGGAUAUUCAGAUAAGUGACAAUAGUGACAAGCUCACCAUUACCAAAAUGAGACAGCUUGCCAAUAUGCAGAGAUGAUUGUACCUUCUGAGACACUUUGACCUGCUGUCAGGUCUGUUAUGCAAACCUCUUUCGUUGAACGAGUGACAAUGAGUUCAUUUGGUUGCAUGAGCACACAUCAUCAUCAUCAUGUGUCUUAUCCUUUGUGCCUUAUGGGCAGCAGACAAUUUUACCACCAUGUCCUACCAUCUCUAUAGUUUUUGUCAUUUUUUGUGAUGAGCUGAAUAAUAAUAAGCCAUACCCAUCUGGGAUUCUAUUUGUUUUACAUUGUGCUUGUAUUUGAUAUAUGGGUAAGAUUAGCAAAAUGUCCUUAUAAUUCCCCUUACUCAAUCUUUGUUUCAUUUGUUAUCACAAGGUGCAGCAGUAAAGGAGUAUCCUAGUGGAAAGGUCAUUUAAAAGUGCAUGCUAUAAGUGAGGAAUGACAAACUUAUAAUUUAAAUUCUGGUUUAUACAAAUUGUUAAGUUCCAUCUCUUAAAUGAAUUUAUAUUUUGUAUUUUUUAUCAAUAAAUUCAUUUUUGAUAAAUU